AGCUCAAAUGAGCACGCUCGGGAAGGCCAUGGAGCAAAUGUCUACGCCGCGUACGAACGAAUUGGAGAAGCACAGACAGGACUUGGAGGAUGCGGCUGAGUUUCCGGAGGGAGGCUGGGCAGCUUGGUGCACUGUGCUUGGGGCGUUUCUGAUUCAAGUUUGCAGCUAUGGGUAUACCACGUCUUUUGGAGUGUAUCAAGAUUAUUACACGGAAGCCUACAUCACGAACCAGUCUACUUCUGCAAUAUCUUGGAUAGGAAGCGUAAACGCGUUUCUGUACGAAAUCGGGGGUCUGGCGUCUGGACGCUUGUAUGACCGUGGAUAUUUCUACCCCGUGGUCUGGGGAGGGUGCCUGUUGCAGGCUUUCUCUCUCUUCAUGCUGUCGCUUGCGAAGCCGAAUCAGUACUACCAGGUCUUCUUAGCCCAGGGCGUAGCAUCGGGCCUGUCUGCCGGAAUGCUAUACGUGCCCACCAUGGCCGUCGUAGCGCAGUACUUCUGUAAGCGACGUGCGCUCAUCAUGACCAUUGUCUCCUCGGGUGUAGCAGUCGGCUCUGUGAUACACCCCAUUAUGCUGAACAACACGUUGAGCGGAGACCGCUCCCUGGGCUUUGCCAACAGUGUUCGAGCGAGUGCGGGGCUCGUCAGUGGUCUGAUGCUGAUCGCAUGCUGCCUCAUGCGUACUCGCCAGAAGCCGCCCGAAACGAGCGUCGACUAUCGCAAAGUCGCCAAGGGCUGCGCUACGGACGUCGCGUUUGUGUUUGGGACGCUCAGCUUAACCAUCUUCGAUAUCGCGUACUACUAUCCCCUAUUCUAUAUCCAACUCGACGCCGUCUCGCAUGACCUCGACUCGACGUUUUCGUUCUACUCUCUCGUGAUCCUGAAUGCCGCUAGCUUUGUUGGUCAGAUCGUAGCAGGACUCCUUGCUGACACAUUUGGCGUUCCGAACGUACUGGUUCUGGCUACGUUCGGGGGCACCAUCCUGAUAUUCGGAAUGAUAGCGAUCUCUACCAUCCCUGGGUUUGUAGUGUUUGCGAUAAUCUAUGGCGUGUUCUCUGGAAUGUUUCUCGCCAUGUGGUCACCAACAAUGGAGGUACUGACUCCGAACAAUGAAGAGCUAGGGGCACGGAUGGGCAUCCUGUGUGCAUUCAUGGCAAUCGGCGGCCUUAUUGGAUCUCCGAUAUCAGGUGCGCUCCUUGGCAACUCGUACAAGUGGUGGAAGCCCGCGCUAUUCAACGGGAUUGUCGGCGCGCUCGGUUGUUUCUUGGCUGUUGGUAUGCGCCUUACCAUCGACAAGCAGCGCUUCCGUGGUAUCAGCAUCACUGACCCCUGAGCUGCACAUCGACACGUAUGGGUGGGGGAGCAUAUGGUUCCUGCAUCGCAUUCGGAGGCGC